CUGGUGCAUAAAUUAUUUUGUCCAUAAUUGUUUGGGGAAGCAACAGCAUUGACCAGCUGAUUAUCUCAGGGAAAUUUCAGAGAUUCUUGUCUUCCACAGGAUUUACUGGGCAGAACCAUUGCAAAUCCCAAUGAAGUUCAUAAUUUACCUUUCCUUGCUGCUUGGUUUUCAUGCCAAUGGUUUUCAACUCCAAGGAGAUCAACCCUCCAUUUUGGACAACUGGGCAAAGAAGACCACAGACUCUCAUAAGAUGGCUUCCAUCAAUGCUGCCUUUGCAUUUAGAUUCUACAAGCACAUCGCCGCAGAUGUGGCUGACAGAAAUGUCUUCUUUUCUCCUGUGGGCCUCUCCACAGCAUUUGCAAUGCUUGCCCUGGGUGCUGAAUCUGAAACAAAGAGCCACAUUUACAAAGGACUUGGCUUCAACCUGUCUGAGUUUGAGGAAUCUGAGAUACAGAAAGGAUUUCAACAUCUCCUCCACAAUCGUCCAUAUAUCAAACCAAAUGAAACCAUAUGGACUGAAGCAGAGGUAAAAAUAGGGAAUGCCUUGUUUAUAGAAGAGUCCUUGAAGGUUCUACCCAAGUUUUCGGAAGAUAUCAAAAAGCGAUAUGAUGCUGAAGUCUUGUAUUGCAACUUCGACAAUUCCACAGCAGCUCUCAAGCAAAUGAAUGAUUAUGUACACAAUAAAACUGACGGGGAAAUAGCACGGGUAGUUGAGGGGCUUGAACCAAAGACCACACUUGUUUUUCUGAACUUUAUCACCUUCACAGCUGAGUGGAAACUGGCUUUUGACACAGCCUCAAUCAGGGAAGAAGAUUUUUUUGUAAAUGAAAGCAAAACUGUGAAAGUCAACCUAAUGCACCAAGAAAGCUAUUACAAAUUUCUCCAUGAUGAAGUUCUUUCCUGCUGGGUAGUAGAAAUUCCCUUCAGAGGAGAUGGCAUAGCAGAAACUUACAAAGGAGACAGCAUAGUAGCAUUGUUUAUUCUGCCAGAUGAAGGAAAACUGAAGCAUUUGGAAGGUGCUUUGACAGAAGAGGCUAUCACUAAGUGGACAUCAUCUUUUGCAAGUUCUGCAUAUGAUGAGCUCCAUCUAUACAUUCCGAAAUUUUCCAUUUCUGCAUCCUAUGAUGUGAAGGACGUUUUCCAGGGAAUGGGUAUGACUGAUGCUUUUAAUGACAGAGCUGAUCUGUCUGGGAUUACUGGAGAGCACAAUCUGAAGGCUCCCAAAGUCAUCCACCAUGCAGUUCUGCAUCUUCGGGAGAGCGGCACUGAGACAUCGGUUGUCACUACUGUAUGGAGCAAAAAAACAUUUCCUCCAGUUUCUCCGCCUCCUACCCUCAAAUUUAACAGGACCUUCCUGAUGGUCAUUGUUGAACUGGAAACAAAUAACUUUGUCUUUAUGGCAAAGGUUGUGGACCCAACGGAAGGGUGAAUGUUACUGGAUCAGCCACCAGGCAGUGCUCUGUGCCAUCCAUUCAUCAGAGGGACCCACAGCCAGUGCAAUGGA